UCGCGUUCCACGCGGCGGAUGAACCGCUUCCCCACGUCCGAACCAACCCACGAAGCAAGCAAGCAUUCAUUCAUUAUCUUCUUCUCCAUUUUCGACUUUUCCAAUUCCAAUUUCAAUUUCACCGCUUUCGUUCAUGGAGGAUGAGGGAAAUGUGAUGCGAAAUCAAGGACGAACACAUUACAAUGAUGAUGAAAGCAGCGGUGAAGUAGAAGAAGAAGUUAGAGAGAAACCAAUGGGAGAAUUUGAUUAUCAACUUGUUUCUGAUUUCUCUGGUAAGGCCAAAGGAAUUGGUGAGAGUACUUUAAGUGGUGGUGAUGAUGAUGAUGAUCCCCUUGUUGAUUCCAUAUUCUCACUGCAGUUCGUGCAGGAGUUACUUGAGAAGGAAGUUCAUGAAUUCAGCGAGAUUAUUGCAAGUGAACAUGUCUUACUAUCUGAAGUUAAUCAUUCACCAUUAGACUGCACCUUUAGAUCUGUGGAGAUUGAAGAAGAAUGUUCUUCCUCUUCCUCAUCCUCAUCCUCUACUAGUUUACAGCAUGAGGUAGACAUGUUAAAGAAAAAGCUUGAAGAUUCAAUCUUCAUGCUUAAUCAGAAGGAGGCCAAGGUAAUUGAACUUGAGAAUGCUGUAAAAAACGGGGAAUUGGAACAGCCCGAGGAAGAGUUCUUGUCAAUGUUAAAUGUUAAAAGGGAAUUGGAAGAGAAGAUUGAUGAUCUGUUCAAGAAGAGAAUUGAAGCUGAAAUAAAACAAAUAGCAAUGCGGAGACAAAUCCAGAAGAUAGCGGUUGAACAGAUAGCUCUCUUGGAAGGACGAAAUUCUACAGCCAAGGUAGUGAAUAAACUCGAAGAUGUCAAAAGAAAGGCUUCUGAUUUAAGCAAGAAAGCCGAAAGAUUGGAAAUGUACUGCAACGAUAUAGUUGGUUCAGACGAAGUCUUGAAGCUGGAGAAUCGAGUUCGAAAGUAUUCACUUUGUUUUCUUACUCAGUUUAUUUUGCUAGUUUUGUUCUUUAUCUGGCUUAACUUGUUGAAGUUUUCUCCCCCUCCUCCUUAUAUAGGUGGUGGUGAUGUACCCACAUGAAAUAUUAAUGUGAAUUAUCUUUUUGGAUAAACAAACAAUUUGUGGUACACAAGUAAUUAAAGCUGAUUCUUCCCCCC